AUGCAAGCAGUCACAAACAUAAUGGCCAGACGGCUCAGUGUUGGUUUCCACUUCUGAAGCUCACCAGCUGUAGCAUCAUGAAUCUGUGGUUCAGCACUCACUUCCUGGUUGUUGGGCUGUUUCUGAGCAGCUCGGCUGUGACACCUGAAGAAUGCCAACCCUUGGUCACGCCUUUGUCCCUGGCCGACCCCAGCAUGAUGUACGGCAGGAUGAAAUUCAUCAUGGGUUACGUUGAUAUUGACGUAUAUGACACCAUCCUGAAGUCAACUGAGAGCUCCUGGGUGAAAAUCACUCCGUCUCCGUCCAGGACUGGUGUAGUUGUGAUGUCUCAGGCGAGCAAGAUAAAUGGAACCUGCUUUAACUUAACAGUUAACGUAACUAUUGAUGGCGACACUGUGACAUCAUCAUUACCUAACUUCACCUCUGAGUUCCACGUGCUGCCGAGCUGCCAAGGCUGUCUGGUCUUCAGCAUCAACAACACCGCCAGAAACCUCAACAAGAUUCCUCAACUUCUGAAAAUUGGUGGCACCUUUCCAGAGGAGGAGGUCACCAAUCGUGCUGUUUAUCUGCUGGGCAGCGAGUCGACCUUGAAGGAUUCAGACUUGGAGCGUUUCAAGCAGCAGGCAAGCUGCCUCGGCUUCUCCGGAGAACCAGACUACCACUACGACCCCAAGAACGGUUUCUGUGAUGAAGGCGAGAGCAUUAAGAUUACCUUCAACUGAAGUUUAAAAAAUAUUUCAACCUGAAACUGAGAUAAAGAGAUAAAAUAACAAAGAUAAAGAGACAAAAAAUGACUCAUA